GCAGCCCUGUUCAGGCCAGUGGGACAGAGAGACACAGAGCUGGCUCGGGCAGGCCAGGAAUCUUAUGCCCGGGUACCCUGAGGGCAGCCAUGGGCACGCUACUCCUCCUGGUCACCGUCUGCCCAUUGCUGUGGGCUUCGGUUCUCCAGCCUCUCGAUCCCAAUGGAGCCAACGUGUGUCACUCAGGAAGUGGCCUGGCCUCGCUGAGUUGCUGCGCGGGGUGGAAACAACGGGGCAACGACUGCACAAUCGCGAUCUGUGAAGGGGGGAGCUCCUGUCGCCCUGGAGAGCUCUGCAUCCGACCCCAGGAGUGUCGCUGUCCACACGGAUACUUCGGAGCCAACUGUGUCACCCGCUGUCCGGAGCAGUUCUGGGGCGCCGACUGCCGGGAGCUCUGCUCUUGCCACCCCCACGGUGUGUGCGAUGCCGUCAGCGGACGCUGCUCCUGCCGGCCCGGCCGCUGGGGCCCCGACUGCAGCCGGAGCUGCAGCUGUUCGCACGGAGUCUGCGAGCCGGACACCGGCCGCUGCCGCUGUAAAGCAGGCUGGUGGGGUGCAGACUGCUCCCGGUUAUGCCAGUGCCGGCGGGAGAGCUCCGAGUGCGACCCGCAGACUGGCCGCUGCUCCUGCUCGCCGCGCUGGUGGGGUCGGCGCUGUAACAUCCCCUGUUACUGCGGCCAGUUGCCGUGCAGCCAGAGUGCCGGGGAGUGCCUGUGCCAGCCCGGCUGGUGGGGUAACCGCUGUGAACAGCCGUGCGCCUGCCUACAUGGCAGCUGCCACCCCCGCAACGGCCGCUGCGUCUGCCAGCCCGGCUACCGAGGCAGCGACUGCGGCGAGCCGUGCGCCGCCGGUACCUACGGAGCGGACUGCGAGAAUAGGUGUGGCCAUUGUAAGGGAGACCAGCCCUGCUCUCCCGAGGACGGGUCCUGCCUGAUGUGUGAGGCGGGUUGGACUGGGAGCCGCUGCGACCAGCUCUGCCCCGCCGGCUCCCACGGAGAGAGCUGUGCGGGCCAGUGUCCCCGGUGCCGGGAUGGUGAGCCCUGCAACGUCCACACAGGUCACUGUGCGGCCUGCGACCCGGGAUGGACGCAACCCAGGUGUGACACUCCCUGUGCGACUGGAACCUACGGCGCCGAAUGUCGAUCAUCCUGUCCGGACUGUUACCAUGGGACAUGCCACCACGUGACAGGGGAAUGCAUCUGCGAUGCGGGGUAUACCGGAGACAGCUGUAAUUCCAGCUGCCAGAUGGGAACGCACGGCGUGAACUGCUCGAUGAGCUGCCGCUGUCUGGGAGCGACGUGUGACCACGUGACCGGAAGCUGCCCUCUCAGUACGGCUGGAGUGGUGACAGCUGCCGUUCUCCUUUCGAUCCUCCUGUUCCUCUGCCUCCUCUGCUGCUGCUGUGGAGGUGAGGCGGACGAUCCCGAAGGCAGGGUCGUGGACAACGACAGUGGACCAAUAGCAAGGAUGAAGCAUCACGUCUGGUGUGUGCUCGCCAAUCUCCGCUCUCCUGCUUCCUGCUUCACCCUCGGCAAUCAGAAACUGCCAAAGGUUACAGUGUUGCCCCACGACGCCGACCUCACCCUGAACUGCAGCUUCAUUGACACCCCCUCGGCGGUCUGGGACUCGGACUCGUUCGACACGGACGACGAGGGUCCGGUGUAUUGCACCCCGCCCAUGGAAGAGAGUCUCCCGUCAGCACCAGGCAACACCUACCAGGAGCCGGGCUCCCGCUGUAACUAUCUGCCGGCCGAGACGGGGGAGGCGGCCAGCGAGGAGCGGCUGCAGCCGGUGCAAAUCCCCCGCACCUCCAGCGUGGCUGCUCCUAAGCGGCCGUCGGUCUCCUUCGCCGAGGGCACCAAAUUUGAGCCAGAGAGGCGCCGGGCCUCGGCGUCAGAGCCAGGCUCCCGCCCCCCGAGGAAGGCAAAGCUCUCUUGGAGGCUCAGCCGGUUGCUCAUGGCACCGGGGGAGCCGGCGGACCCCAGCCCCAGCCAUAGCCCGCUCGCCGAGCCCCGGGCCAGCGACCCCGGCGCUGCGCCAAGCUCCCCGGGCCCCGAGGGGAGCGACCCCGGUGCUACAGAAGGUCCACAGGCACCCUCAGGUGGCGAGGGGCCAGCGGCCGGGAAGAGGCCAAGGAGCUGGGGCCUCUCCCCGACAGGAGGGGUGGUGGCGGCCGGGACGGUGCGCGCGGCGCUGAGGAGGUUCGGCGGCUCCCGGCGCCGGCGGCGGGCAGGUCCCGCUGACCGAGGGGAGGGCACGCUCCGGGCCCAGCCUGGUCCCCAAGAGGGGCCCUCUGCGCCCGGGGCCAGCGGCAGCCUGAGCAGGAGGCCCCUCAUCCCCGCUACUCCCGUCCUCCGUAAAUUAGUGGCCAAUGUGGUCGUGGUCGAGGACAGCGGCGCCCGGCUGGGGGUGGUGAUCCCUAUUACUGCCCCCGCCCAGGACGGCUGCUCCCCCGAGGGGCAGCAAGCGCACGACAUGCCGGCCCCGCCUGACUCCUCCAGGUCGGCUGAGCAGGACCGCUGAUGAGAAGCGGCGAGUGGGGUUGGGUGUUGGGGUGCGUGUUUAUGUCCCGUGUCCGAGAAAGACUCCCCUUCUUUCUGCAGCGAGCAGCAGUCCGUAUGGGAUGCCCUCUCCGCAGCAAGGCAUAUCCCUGAGGGGAGUGGGGCUAGGAGAGCUGGAGGGGCCGAUGGGCCUGUGGGGUGGGUAAAGGUUGUGGAUACAAGGACAGAAGGGAGAGACCGGCUUUGGGCUCACUGAAUGCACAUAGUGGACUCACUAAUAUAGAAACCAUAGAAACUACAGCACAGAAACAGGCCUUUUGGCCCUUCUUGGCUGUGCCGAACCAUUUUCUGCCUAGUCCCACUGACCUGCACACGGACCAUAUCCUUCCAUACACCUCCCAUCCAUGUAUCUGUCCAAUUUAUUCUUAAAUGUUAAAAAAGAACCCGCAUUUACCACCUCAUCUGGCAGCUCAUUCCAUACUCCCACCACUCUCUGUGUGCAGAAGCCCCCCACAUAUGUUCCUUUUAAACCUUUCCUCCCUCACCCUUAACCCAUGUCCUCUGGUUUUUUUCUCCCCUUGCCUCAGUGGAAAAAGCCUGCUUGCAUUCACUCUGUCUAUACCCAUCAUAAUUUUAUAUACCUCUAUCAAAUCUCCCCUCAUUCUUCUACGCUCCAGGGAAUAAAGUCCCAACCUAUUCAACCUUUCUCUGUAACUGAGUUUCUCAAGUCCCGGCAACAUCCUUGUAAACCUUCUCUGCACUCUUUCAAACUUAUUUAUAUCCUUCCUGUAAUUUGGUGACUAAAUCUGAACACAAUACUCCAGAUUCGGCCUCACCAAUGCCUUAUACAACCUCAUCAUAACAUUCCAGCUCUUAUACUCAAUACUUUGAUUAAUAAAGGCCAAUGUACCAAAAGCUCUCUUUACGACCCUAUCUACCUGUGACACCAC